AUGAACCAAACUGCGGCUCAAAUUAUUAACGGUCAACUACGAAACAAUAUUGGUCAGCUACAAAGACUUCAGAAUACUGGUAGUCCACAAAACAGUAAUGGUCAAUUUCAAGGAGCUUUAAAUAUUGGCAGGCGACCUUUAAGACCUCAGAAUCUAUUCAAUAGUACUUCCAUUGCCGUUCAAAAUUACGCUGACAUAGUUGAAGGUAUAGAAUUCACUGAAACACAAA